GUAAAGUCUUUCCUGAACUUUAGAGCUGUAAAAGAGAGGGAAAGAAAGACAUUUUUUACCAAAAAGCAUCAGAACAAAACACAGAAGGGAAAUAAAGUGAAGAUUAAUGUUGGGCUUAUGAGGAUGCAGGGAGAUUCCCUUAAGACAGUGAGAGGGAAGUUACUUCCAAUUGAGAUUCACCCUGAGUGGGCAUCGGAACAAGUGCUUGCUGCUGCUGUAAAGAAGCAAAAGGAUUUCAAUAUAGACCUGAGAGAUUGUGCCCAUGUCUUGUUGUAUCCUGAUGCAAGGGAGGUUAAGAACAUCCCAGGAACAGACAUUCCUUUCACAGUGCAAAAGUACAAGGAGGCAAUUGGAAAGCCUUACCAAAGAAUUACGCUUUACAUUUGCCCUGUGUGGGAUGGUCCAGAUGAAGCAAGCACUCCAACACUGGAGAAAAUUUUGAAUGGGCCUUCUGGACACACAGAACAAGGGUCUGAUCAGGAUGGCGGAAACACCAAUGUCCAGGAGCAUCCCAUGUCCUCAGAGGGCCAGAACCCCUUCUAUCGCAACUACACAAAUUUGUACGCACCAAUAAUUGUUGACAGCGACUCUGAGCCGGAUGAAUAUGUGAUGCAGUUCCCUGAGCAAAGUGCAGGUACAUUGACUGAACUACACCAGUCAGUUGAAAGACAUGCAAGCAUCUUGCAAACUGCUGGUUGCUUGCAGUUCCCUGUGACUGUUGAUGACAAAUUGAAAAUUGUAAAGGAGUUCAUUGAUUGGUACAUCAUUUACCGCAACCAUUUCUCUAUUCAAAGAUUCAAGGAUGGACUUUCAACACUGAACUUCCAGAAUGCUUUGGAGCAGCAUGCUUUCGUCUUCAGGCCAUUUAUGUGUGCAAGAGUGGAACAGCUGACAUCCAAAAUAUUGGAGGAAAUAUUUGAGGUUCAGCUCAGUGAAAAGGGUAGCAGCAGACGACAUGAGGAAACAAGAGUGCUAGGAUUCUGGAGAGACUUUCUCCUUGACACGGAAGAACAAAAAACGGGCCUCUCUCUCCAGGACAUCCUGAUGUUUGCCACCGGCUUGAACACACUACCUCCAUCUUCAAUUCUGCCACCACCAAAACUGAUCUUUCAGGCCACUUCUCGUUUUCCUGUCAGUAGCACCUGCUCCAACACUAUCAAAAUACCAAUGUCCAAGACGUAUCAUCAGUUUAAAGAAGACAUGGACUUUGGGAUUCAAAACUCCCCUGGGUUUGGGCUUUAU